AUGAAGGGUGCAAUUGCUCUCAACGUGGCUUCGGCCGCUUUGACUCACGCUGUGGCCACGCCUGCAAAGGCCGCUGCUUCCAGCUCCAGCUCUGGCAGUCUCCCAGCCGUGACCGUCAAGGGCAACGCUUUCUUCGCCGGCGAGGAUCGCUUCUACAUCCGCGGUAUCGACUACCAACCCGGCGGCUCCUCCAAGGCCACCGACUCCAUCGCUGAUGUCGACGUCUGCAAGCGCGACAUUGAGCAGUUCAAGAAGUUGGGCAUCAACACGAUCCGCGUCUACACUGUCGACAACACCGCAAACCACGACGAGUGCAUGGCCGCCCUGGCAGAUGCUGGCAUCUACCUCGCGCUCGACGUCAACACCCCCAAAUACUCCAUCAACCGCGCCGACCCAGCUGCGUCGUACAACGAUGUGUACCUCCAGAGCAUCUUUGCGACCAUCGAUGCUUUCGCGAAGUACGACAACACGCUUCUGUUCUUCUCUGGUAAUGAGGUCAUUAAUGCUGACAACAACACCAACUGCGCUCCUUAUAUCAAGGCUGUCACCCGCGAUAUGAAACAGUACAUUGGAAGCAUGGGAUACCGUUCGAUUCCUGUUGGCUACUCUGCUGCCGAUGUUGAGAGCAACCGCUUCGAGAUGGCUGAGUACAUGAACUGCGGUACCGAUGACCAGCGCAGCGACUUCUACGCUUUCAACGACUACUCUUGGUGUGACCCAUCGUCUUACCAGACUUCCGGUUGGGAUCAGAAGGUCAAGCAGUACGGCGACUACAGCAUUCCUCUCUUCCUCUCUGAGUACGGCUGCGUCACCAACAAGCGUAACUUCGGCGAAGUCGCCGCUCUCUACGGCACCGACAUGACUCCAGUCUACUCCGGCGGUCUCGUCUACGAAUACUCCGAGGAAGGCUCCGGCUACGGUCUCGUCACUAUCAGCGGCAACACCAUCACCCCAAAAUCCGACUUCACCGCCCUCAUGUCCGCCCUCUCAAAGACCCCACCACCACAGGGCGACGGAGGCUACAAGAGCGACGGCACACCAAGCCAGUGCCCAACUGAGUCCAGCACCUGGGAGGUUAAGGACUUCACCGGCCAGGAUCUUCCAGCCAUCCCAGAGGGUGCCGAGAAAUACAUGAAGAAUGGUGCUGGAAAAGGCCCUGGUCUCUCCGGGACUGGUAGCCAGAAUGCCGGUGGUGAGUCCACUGGAACCGCUGCACCGGGAUCUGGCAGUGUCUCUGCUGUUGCCUCUGGCCACGCUAGCUCUAGCAGUGCAGCGAACGCCAUUGCAAUGGGCGAGAUCGGAUACGCGCCAUUUGUGUGCAGCGGUUUCGUUAUGCUGUUCACUCUGUUCGGUAUGGCACUCGUCUAA